GGCGCUUGGCGCAGAGGAGCUGCCUGUCCUGGGAGGAGGAGGAGGAGGAGGAGCACGGAGCAUAAUGGCUGACAAUACCAGUAAGCCAGCCAAACCCACCAACAAAACCCCUCCAAAGUCUCCGGCAGAUCCUGCCAGAGAGAAGCUGGCCAAGCGGUUGUCCUGUGACUCGAACAGCUCCUUCGAGGGGGCCGCUGGCCGUGAGCUCAGCGCGCUGGAGGAGGCCUUCAAGAAGUUCGCCAUCCACGGAGACACGAGAGCCACGGGGAAGGAGAUGCAUGGGAAGAACUGGUCCAAGCUGUGUAAGGACUGCCACGUGAUUGACGGCAAGAACGUGACGCUCACGGACGUGGACAUUGUCUUCAGCAAGAUCAAGGGCAAAUCCAGGACAAUUAUUUUUGAUCAGUUUAAGGAAGCACUUCAGGAACUCUCCAAGAAACGGUUUAAAGAUAAGAGCAACGAGGAAGCGCUGCAAGAAAUGCACAAGCUCGUUGAAGGGAAAGCACCAGUCAUAUCUGGAGUCACGAAAGCCGUUUCGUCUCCAACCGUCUCGCGGCUUACGGAUACGACACGCUUCACUGGUUCUCACAAAGAGCGCUUUGACCCCACUGGGAAAGGGAAGGGCAAGGCUGGCCGCGAAGAUCUGGUCGACACUUCUGGCUACGUCUCGGGGUACAAGCACGCGGGCACGUACAAUCAGAAGGUCCAGGGAAGCAAGUAGGCUUGCCAUUGGGGAGAGAGAGCGGUUGUACCCGGGGUGGUCACCUAGAUGAGCCCUACCCGUUGAGUCGGAAAUAACUGUCGGCGAGCUUGCAUUUGUGGGGGACCUGAACCGAUUAUCGACAUCUACUGAGACUCUUGCAGUGACGCACCACUUCGUUACAUUCCUUGUGCUUGUAUGGGUAAGGAAAAGGACAUGGCGAGAAACGGCGUUGGUGUUGCUAGGCGAGAAACCGGAUCCAAGGCUUUUGUACCACACCUCGCUCAUACCGGUAGCAGAUUGCAAACAUUCCUCUAUGCCUAAUUUCUCUGUCCUGCUCUUUUGGCCAUUGUAUCAAACCUCCCCCCACCCCCAUUGGCAAAAAAGAAUGGAGGCUUUUAGUCCAAGCUACACGUGCCGGCGGCUUUUCCAGGAAGCACCCAACCACUCGAUUUGAUUAUUUAUUGUUCAGCAACGUCUUAAGAGGGGGUAAAUGCUACCAUCAGAGACGGAAAUUCAGCCUUCUAUGAAAUAGCUUGUUGCUUUUUUUUUUUUAAGGUGCUCUUCUGGAAAAAAGCGUUUCCAUCCCAUUUGAGAACAAGAGCAGCAGCAGCAGCAAAAAUAAUAUUCUUUACAUUCUUCAUCCUAGAGCACUGAGGUCUCAGGUAAUGCUUGUUCCCAGAAAGAGGUGAGGGCUUCAAGCCCUUGUUACUGACCCCCAAAUCCUCUCCUGCCCAAGGACGUGCUUUGGGUGCCGUGGAAGUAAUAGAGGGUAUGAGAUGCUCACAGGAGCUGUGGAGACUGCUGUCAAAGGUGUGCUGGAAUUGUGCCAGCAGCUUGCAAUAUCCAAGUCUGCACCGCUUCAAACUGGAAGUCUAAAGGCGACGGAGGAUGUGUUAUCAACAUAACUUUUUACAAUAAACCCCUCCAGUUGGAUUCAUGUUCGGUUAGGACUUUUUCAGCAAGUGACAUUUUCAGAAGGCUACAAAUAUCUGGAAGUUCAGUCCCUUCCACCCAAAUUAUUCACUGUAGAAAUUCCCUGCUCGAUUUGGGUCAUCCCUUUAAAAACAAAAUUUUGAUUUGCGGUAUCAGUCUGCUGAGAAUUCAGUUCCAAAAAAUUGAAAGAAAGCAAAUGGUUCUCUGAUUCACUGCACCCUCUAUCUAUAUAUCUAAUAGCCAAGU